UGUCCAAUCCGUUCUCUUCCUUCCCUUCCCAGCUCCAUCUCUAUACUGUAUUUGUGUCAAUAUUCACUUUAGAAUCUGUCUUUUCUUGAUGAUAAUCGGUGACGGCUGGUAUUUUUGAGACCGGUGAUAAUUUAAAUCUCCUCUAGUAUCUGGAAUUAACUCAAGCAUUCUCCUCGAACUUGAACAACAGAGGAAAUAAUAUGAGUAGCUCAGAAGAGGUGUCGUGGAUUUCUUGGUUUUGUGGUCUUCGUGGUAACGAGUUUUUCUGCGAGGUUGACGAAGAUUACAUCCAGGACAAGUUUAAUUUAACUGGAUUAAAUGAACAAGUGCCACAUUACAGGCAGGCCUUGGACAUGAUACUGGACAUGGAGCCAGAUGAUGAAUUAGAAGAUAAUCCAAAUCAAAGUGAUCUGAUUGAACAGGCAGCAGAAAUGUUAUAUGGUCUCAUUCAUGCUCGUUAUAUAUUAACCAACAGGGGGCUUGCGCAAAUGCUUGAAAAAUACCAGAAUGGUGAUUUUGGACACUGCUGUCGAGUGUACUGUGAAAAUCAGGCAGUCUUACCCAUUGGUUUGUCUGAUGUUCCUGGGGAGGCAAUGGUCAAACUCUACUGUCCAAAAUGCAUGGAUGUUUACACACCAAAAUCAUCUCGACAUCAUCACACAGAUGGAGCAUACUUUGGGACAGGUUUCCCUCACAUGCUGUUUAUGGUACAUCCUGAGUACAGACCAAAAAGACCAAACAACCAGUUUGUUCCAAGGUUGUUUGGAUUUAAAAUUUCACCCAUGGCUUACCAGAUACAGGAGAGAGCAGCAGCUCAGAGAGGACGGUCUGCAUCAGCACGUCCAAGAUCCACAAAACCUCAUUACAAAUAAGAACAAGUUAUUUUCUAUCCUACUCUUUCGUUUUAAUAUUUCCUAGUUUAAUGCCAUUUCAAGUUCUCAGAUUUGAGGAUAAAUGUUUUAAAAAUGGUUAAUUUGUUAAAGUGCUCAAUCUUCUUGUAACUAACAGUAUAUAUAGUGUUCUCCCUUUUUUUAAGCAUGACAGGUAAAACAAAUUUUCAGACCAGUAGAGUAGUCCUUUUACCAGGUACAUUUCAAGAAUUCCAAGUGAUUUUAGGCUGUAAUAAGAGGUACUGCAGGCAGUAAAUUUCACUGGUUACUACCUGAAAAGGAGAACAAUUUAUAUACAGAUGCUUGAAAUUUUUAUUUGGUCUCUUUCCCCUUUUGUGUACUUUAUAAAUAGGUGUGGUACAGUUAAGAGGGUAAACUUAGGCUCAAUUUUUAUCUUGCUGAAAAUAAUUGCUGGUGUUUAAUUCUGCAAUUAAUACUGUAGAUUCUUCCCCAGAUAAAGUGAGACACUUCAUUCAUGCAGUUCUUGCCCAACAAAAAAGCCCCAUCUAUUGGAUAUAUGUCCUGCUCUGUGAUUUUUGUAAAUCAUAUAUGGAGAUUGUAUCUCUGCUAUAAAACUUGGGGUUUGUGUUGUAUUAGAUUGUUCCCAUCAGUUUCUGGUUUAGCAUAACCCUCACAAACAGUUCUUUCUGUUUAGUGUUCAGAGUACAUUUUUUAAAAUUAUGUUGUAGUGUUUUGGCUCCUCGUUAACAAUUUAGUUUCCAUGCAUGUGUGUACAGCUCUAAAGAAAAGUGAUAAAACAGGCUGUCUCAGUCUAUGUUAUUUCAA